AUUUGCUAACCAAGUUUGAUACCAUCGAUGAUAAGAUGGUUCCAAGAGGACGUAUGUACCGUGGACCAGCUAGGAACAUAGCAGAUGCAAAUAUGGCGGCGGGUGUCGGCAGCGGAAUGCUUCCCGUACCUUACGGCAUGGCGGGCGUUGGCGGCUUGCUUCCACUUGAUGCCGCUGCUUCCAUCCCACAACCAAUGCCUAUUACAGCGUUGGCUUCUGCUCUUGAUAACGCAUCACCAGAUCAACAGAGGACGAUGCUGGGUGAGAAUCUGUAUCCAUUGGUGGACCAGCUUGAGCACGAGCAUGCGGCUAAGGUGACAGGGAUGCUUUUGGAGAUGGACCAAACGGAGGUGUUGCAUUUGCUGGAAUCACCAGAUGCAUUGAAGGAGAAAGUUGCAGAGGCUGGUGUUAUGGACAUGGCUGCAGCCAUGAAUCUUUUACCUGAUUCACCCAUGUCUUCCGGGUUCAGUCAACAGAUGUCACCAUCAGGAAAUGGUGGUCAACACUCUUCAGUUGCGUGGCCCCAGCCGAAUGUCCCGACACUUCAUCUUCCAGGAAGAAAUGUACAAUCGAGUCGGCUUAGGUCUUCUCUUAGUGCCAGGGAUAUCCCAUUAGAGGAUUUGAGCUUGUUGCAGGAUUAUGAAUCUCAACAACUGCUAAACGACUUUACCUGUUAUUCAGUCAGCGAUAUUGCUUUCGAAAAAUGGCAUAUUGGACCAGUCAGCGAUAUUGCUUUCGAGCUGUGGUUGUUUGACUUGUAUGGAUUGCAAGGCAACCGAAAAGAUUCAAUAUGGUUACCUUUUAUGCAAUUUGCUCUUUUUCAAUCCAAAUUAGAACCGGAUCUAGCUAGAAGAGCAGAACAUUAUUUCUCUGAGAAUACACACGUUAUUAAAGAUUACGCUGAUAAAGCUGCUUCAUUCGUCAAAAAUGAAUACUUUAAAGUUCAACCGGAACUGGCUAGCCAUCUUAACCAAGAUACAGCCGUUGUGAUAUGCGACUCUUGUGACUGUGCCCGAAUCAUAUGA